GAAAGGGGAGGAGAAAUGGCAGACAGGAGAUGAUGACAUCAGCAGGAAAUUAAUAUCAAGUUACAAAAGCCAGAGGAUCCAGUUUUCACUUGCUCAGCCAACAAGUUUUGAGUGCUCUUCCCGCGCAAAUGGGAGCUUCCUGGAAACUGGAAACACAUGGAGGACCUGAAUUCCAAUUUCCCUGAGUGCUAUCAACCUCCAGAGGAUCGGUGAGACUUGAUCUAAAGCACUUCCAGUAAAGUCUAAUGCCAGGAACAGAGGUAGCCAGGAUUGGAGGAGGGGCUAGGGAGUUGGGGUGCCGUGUGUCCUCACUCUAGAACUCCUUGCUCCAGUUCUGUCUUUCCCAAGCUGACUAUGACAUCUCAACGUCAAGGUCUGGAUACCAGUUUGGAGGAAAAUCGUAGGAUGGAUUUUCGCCGGAAGCUUCUGAAGAUUAAUGAAUGCCUGGGGGCCAAAGAUGUGGAGGCCCUAAAGUUUCUCUGCCGAGACUGGCUCUCCCCCAAGAAGCUGGAGAAGUCCGGCUCAGCCUUGGAGAUUUUUGAGCAGCUCCUGGCAGAGGAGCAGCUGAGUGAGGAAGACCCUUUCCUCCUGGCGGAGCUCCUCUUCAUCAUCAGGCAGAAGUCACUGCUGCGGCACCUCCGGUACAGCAAAGAACAAGUGCAGAGCUCGCUGCCCGCCCAGAGGAGGGUCCCUCUGUUCAGAAACCUGCUCUAUGAACUGUCAGAAGACCUCGACUCUGAGAACUUAAGGAGCAUGAUCUUCCUUCUGCCAAACGUGUUUCCAAAAACUGAGAUGACCUCUCUAAGUUUCCUGGCACAUCUAGAGAAACAAGAUCUAAUAGGUGAGGAUAAUCUGACGACACUGGAGGACCUCUGCAAAACUGUUGCACCUAACCUUCUGAAAAAGAUAGAGAAAUAUAAAACAGAGAAAAUCUCCCAGUUACACAAGGAAACUGAGGCAUUGCAUCAAGGAGAAGAAGAGCUGCCUUUCCGUUUGGGCAAUAUGCAGGUCCAUGGAGCCUCACAGAAGGAGCCCUGGCAAAAUGAGCAUGAAAGAAGGAGUAAUGGUGACAGAGCCACAAAUGGUGCACCAAUCCCUGGUUCCACGGAAAUGUUGAGAGCAUCGGCUGAUAUCAGAAAUGCUGCAACCAGUACAAAGGAGGCAGCUGUGUACAGGAUGAAUCGGAAACACAGAGGCCACUGUGUCAUUGUCAACAACCACAACUUUACCUCACUGACAGCCAGACUAGGGACUCAUAAAGAUGCUGAGAGUCUGAAAUGCGUGUUUCAGUGGCUUGGGUUUACAGUACGGGUAUACAAUAAUGUGAAAAAAGUAGACCUGGAGAAGGCUCUGCAGGAAUAUAAGAGUCAUCCAGACCACGUUGACAGGGACUGCUUCGUGUGCUGUAUCCUGACCCAUGGGAACCUUGGAGCUGUCUACUCCUCAGAUGAGGCCCUCAUUCCCAUUCGGGAGAUCAUGUCUCAAUUUACAGCCCAGCAGUGCCCUGGUCUGGCUCACAAACCCAAACUCUUUUUCAUCCAAGCCUGUCAAGGUGAUGAGAUACAACCUUCCGUAUCCAUUGAAGCAGAUGCUCUGAAUCCUGAGAAGUUACCCUCUGCCCCCAGGCAGGUGAGCCUGCAGGACAGCAUUCCUGUUGAGGCUGAUUUCCUGCUUGGCUUGGCCACUGUCCCAGGCUACGUAUCCUUUCGACACCCGGAGAAAGGCAGCUGGUAUAUUCAGUCUCUGUGUAAUCAUCUGAAGGACUUGGUCCCAAGACAUGAAGACAUCUUAUCUAUCCUCACUGCUGUCAACAAUGAUGUGAGCCGGCAAGCAGACAAAGAUGGGACAAAGAAACAGAUGCCCCAGCCAGCUUUCACACUACGGAAAAAACUAGUAUUUCCUGUGCCUCAGGAAGCAUUUUCCUUACAGUAGAGUUUUCAUGGAUCCUUUGACUUGAAAUGAACCUCGGAUAUCUCCUCCAAUCCCACCCAGCAUAGGCACUGAUGACGAAUGAUGAGCUGGUCUCUGCCUGUCAUUCUAGUAAUAGGAAAUGUCUUGUUUUCCAACACAGCCAAUAUAUAUAUAUAUUUUUUUCUUUUUGCAAAUCUGAACUUUGGAUAACUUUCCUUAUUGAAGACUUGAGUUAUAGUCUUGGUUUUAGUUGUGCACUCAGAAGAGGGUCACUGUACUAUUCUGGGCUUGGUUUGUUCGUCUGUGAAAUUAAAUGUGGGACCAGGUAGACUUUAAGAGUCCUUCUGGUUCUGAAAACUGCUAUGACUGACUGUGUCAAGUCCCCAAGAUGGGAAAGAGGGAUCCGCAGGGACUGAGGCUGUUCACAAGGAUCGUUGUUCUCUCCUCUUAUCCAGAGGGGCAUCUGGCUAUUCCUUGUGGCACAGGUGGCUGCAUAUGGAAGCCUUGAUAGUCUUUACAUUAAGGUUUUGAACAUUUUAUGUGCUUGAUUUUUUUUUGGUUUUAUUUUCAAGAGGAACUUUUCCUUUUAAUUUCUGGAACAGUAUGUUGAAUUCUUGGAGGCUAGACCUGAGAGGGAGAUUGAAAGUCCUGUGGUUAAGACCUUCAGUUCUGAUGAAGAAGCCAAGGCCUGGGGAGGUGAGGCAACUUGCUCACGGUGCUCCAGCCACUUGUUGUUUACAGGAUUUCAUUUUCCUCCCAAGUGAACUGGAAUAUCACAGGACAACAUUCCCUUGGAUAUGCAGGUGGUCAUGGAAGAUGUCAGAGAACAAAGAAAAAUAACUCAGAAUUGCCUGGCUUUAUUUAUGUGGAAGCCAAAUUUAUUUAGUGAAUUUACUAUGAGAAAUAUGCAUAAGAAUCCCAUUUUUAAUUUAACUGAUAAUUACGUGGAUUUAAAUGUAGCUUACUCAGGCAGUGAGUCUAAUACAUAUACCAGCCUGAUCUUCCUAAGCCAUUGUUCACACAACUCAAGGCUACCAGCUCUUGGUCAUAGUCUUAGUCCAACUGGAUAUUCAAAAAUUUGCUUCCAAAAUCACAUGGAGUUCUUUGGCUUCUUUAUAGCCUUUCUCGUAAGGGAAGGAUGAUGUGAUAUUAUAGAAAGAGCAAAGGAUCUUGAGAUAGGGAAGCCUUGGAUUUCUGUUUCCCUGUGACUCCCUUGCACUGGACACUAAAUUGACCCUAGCUAUUUGAGCCUUAUCUGAAAAGUAGAGGAAAUAUCUGUCGGGAGGAUAAGGAGAAUGUGUUUAUGUGUAUCCAUGUAAAACUAGUUUUGGUGAGGCACAUGUAAGGCAUUUAUGUGGCAGAGUCUUCUGGUAGUAACCUAAAUGGAAUUUGCAGGUUUGAGUUCCUUUGUGUCUAAUUCCAGGUGACUGUAUUAGUAGUGGAGCCCCUGGGGGGUGCAAAUGGUUAAAGUGCUCGGCUGGUAACUGAAAGGUUAGAGAUUAAUCUACCCAGAGGUACCUUGGAAGAAAGUCCUGGGUAUCUACUGAAAAAUCAGCCAUUGAAAACCCUACGGAGCACAUUUCUACUCUGACACACACAGGGUCACCAUGUGUUGGAAUCAACUCGAUGAGUAUUUUUUUUUUUUUUUAAUUUUUGGAUGAAGGUUUACAGAACAAACUAGCUUCUCAUUAAACAAUUAGUACACAUAUUGCUUUGUGACACUGGUUACCAACUUCACGAUGUGUCAACACUCUCCUAGUGGUUUUUUAUUAGAAGCAAAGCAACACUAGCAAUACUCAUAACACCCUCUGAGUGAGGAGCUGCUCCUUCCUUCACAGGCUCAUAGUCAAGGUAGCCAGCUUGGCUUCUGAGUUCAGUUGAACAAAACACUGUUGAUGAAAAUCUCCUUCAUGAGAAACAUUUGCGGCUUGAUGUAAAACUCCUCUGAUCUAUUUCACAUUUAUGUUUUGUUGGAACUUAGUACUUCAGAAGGUCAAAUUCUAGAACCAGGAAACUUAAUAUAGGCUUCCCCCCCGCCCCAAGAAGCCUCCGGCAAGCACUUUAGGUGCCACUGAACAUUUAUGCCUGUGAGUCAUAGGUGUACACAGACACCAGGAGUUCAAUAGUCCAUGACUCAUUUCUCCUAAACAGGGUGUGUACACACUGGUUAGACUGUGCCCUUACAGACCUUAUAAAACAUUAUACGUGUUUGUAUUUAUGUGUGUGAGUGUGUAUGUGUGUGUGAAUUUAGAGUCUGGGAACACCAGGAUGUGGUUUGGUCACAGCUAUUUGGCAGUGAACCACUGUUCUAUAAGCAACUAUUCUAGAAGCAACUGUUUAUAGAAGCAAUAGCCACUGACUGGCCAGUCAUUUAUGAAAAAAAUGAGCAGAUUGUGUUAGGUUUCCUUAUAUCUCACUUAGUUUUGCCCAAUCUAUAAGAGCCGUAGUUCUGUUUUUUUUUUAACGUUUGACUGUUGUCAAAUAAAAUGAAGUACAUGAAAACACUCGAUAAAGUAUUAUGUGAAUAUUAUAGUUAUUUAAUACUGAUACUACUAAUGUUUACUAAUAUCAGAAUUAUUAGUCACCGGAGUACCUUACUGGCCUCUGCUUCAGGGACUCACAAUGGCAGUGGGCAUGUCUGAUAUCAUGGGCUUAUCCUUGGCAAUACAUUAGAUUCUGCCAAUGCUCAGGUAAUGCUGAACAUAUAAACAACAGGUACAUGGGUGCUGGCCUAUGAGCACAGACACUGAUUAGUAUAACACAAUGGUGAAUGCUGCUGACCAGAAGGCCUUUAUCAAUGAUGAACUCUGAGGUAAAUCAGUUUACCACAUUUUGCAGGUUCUUGUGCCAGGAAGGACCCACAAAAUCUUCUAGAUCAGACACUUUCUGAACCAUCUAGUCAAGUUGUUCUCAACAUGGAUGUCUUGGAUCCUGAGGUGUUUGUGGAUUAAUUCUCAGGGCCUUUGACUUGUCCACCCUAAUUUUUAAAUAUUGUAAUUCCCUUUUGGUGAUAAUCUUUAAAAAUUAAUAUGAGUGCAUCCUGGCUAUUCUAGAUGACGGCUUCAUAUUUGAGCACUGCCAUACAAUUUCAGUACCCACAUUGUGGGACCCACAGAAAUUCAUGAGCUUUACACUGAACUUUUUAUUGUAGCAUGGAUGGUAUCUGUGGCUCAAAGGCCUGAAAUUUAUUGCCAAGUGCCAGUGAUUAUUUGAAACCUGCUCCAAUCCAUCCUCAGCCCCUGGCAGACUCCUACUCCACUAUCCUGUACCUGGGCUUAACAGUUCUAGGGUAGGAACCUACAGCCACACAUGGCGUCAUGGAUUUGGGAGCUGGAGAGGACUCCGGUGGUCCUGUGGUUCAGCCCUCAGAAUGUUAAGCGAUUUGCCAGUCUCAAAGCUGUUAGUGGAAGAGGAGCCUGUAUCUCCUAAUUUGCAAUCCUGUGCCCCCAAGCCAUCCAGUUUCAUUUUGGUAUAGCUUUAAUUGCUCUUUUUUCUGUUGAACUUAGAACCUGUUGCCUCCUUAGAACCACUGAUUUUCAUCCUAAACUCUGGAGUCAUACAAAACAAGUGUAGCUGCCCUCUGGUGAGGUAUAUUGUUUGUAACAAGUCAUUUAAAAAUUCUUUUUUUUCUGGUAGGGCUUGGGUUUUGACAGAAGCCUGUAGUUUGCUGUUAAGAAUGUGGUGAGAAUGUAGCAAUACAAUCUUAGCUUUGAACAGAAGCUAAAUACCUGAAAAUGGAACCCUUUUAAAAAAUGUAGUAGGGGAAGUUCCCUGUUUAAAUAAAGACCCAUUUGGCAAUGCAAACAAUUACCUAACAUUACUAUUUUGCAAAUUCGAAUUUUUAAAAGAGAGUUCUUCUAUAAAAAAAUUUAAAAAUUGUAUCCAUUUUUACUUUUUAAAUACAAUUUUGAAUAGGUAAUGUCUUGGAGUCCUGGUGGCAUAGUGGUUAAGAAGUAGGCUGCUAAGCAAAAAGUCGGCAGUUUGAAUCCACCAAUUGCUCCUUGGAGACCCUAUGGGGCAGUUCUUCUCUGUCCUGUAGGGUGACUGUGAGUCAGAAUCGACUCAAUGGCAACAGGAUUGGUUUUUUUGGUUUUCAGGUAAUGUCUUUACAUUAUUCAAAGAUAAAAAAAUAUUAAAAAGUAUACAAGAAAAGUCUUGCCUUCAUCUUUGUUCACUGUAAUAUUCAGUCAUCUUUCAUCCCAUAAAUAACUCCAGAGUUUCUUAGUGUAAAUGGGAAUACAGGUAUAUUUAUAUGUAUAAAUAUAUGUACAUAGAUAUGUGUAUAUAUGUAUUUAAACAGAUAUUUCUUGAUGCAAAGUAUAUAUACUGUGAAACUCAUCUCUCUUUUAGAUGAUUUUGUGAGAUGCUUAGGCAAUGCUGACACAAUUCUAGAAUGGAAAUAACUUUAUGAGUUUUGUGGACUGGGUACUUGUAAAUAGUAGGAAUUGACUUACCAAAAAAUAAAAGAAUUUUUUUCCUUUACUUUUGA